AUGAGCAGGCUCGUUCAGAAGGCUCUUGAUCUUCUGGAUGUCUCAUUGGAUCCAUCGACUAAUGCUCCUGCGGGGGUAUUAGUUGCUCCUUCAGCUACUACCUUGGCCACAGUUGUGAGCAAACCUACCCCACGGGCAGUCAACAAUGCGGCGGAUACAGCAUACUGGCUGGCAGAUACCCCAAAGCAAGGUGUUGCUGCCUUCAACAAGGACCCUCAGGGCUACAAGGUCUGGCGCAAUGUCAAAGACUAUGGUGCUAAGGGUGAUGGUGUAACGGACGACUCUGAUGCAAUCAAUCGUGCUAUCGCAGACCAAGAUCGUUGCGGCCCAUGGGUUUGCGAUUCUUCCACCGACUCGCCUGCUGUCGUCUACUUCCCAUCUGGCACUUAUGUUAUCGGAAAAGCUAUUGUUAUGUACUACAUGACCCAGCUCCACGGAAAUGCCAAUGAUCUCCCGAUUCUGAAGGCUGCGCCCACGCUCCAGGCUCUGGCUCUGAUUGAUGCAAGCCCUUACAGCAAUGAGAAUGGCGAAGCAGGCUGGAUCUCGACCAAUUUAUUCAUGCGUCAGAUUCGCAAUUUUGUCAUCGAUUUGACCCCUAUUUCACCAGAGAAGGCUGCACAGGGCAUCCACUGGCCAGCAUCGCAGGCAACUUCCAUUCAAAAUGUCAAGAUUCGCAUGGCUCAGUCCGCAAACUCACAGCAAACUGGAUCUGGCGGUUACUUGGUAGAUCUUGACAUCACUGGUGGUCUUUAUGGUAUGAACAUCGGUAAUCAACAAUUCACCAUGCGCGGCAUCAAGAUAUCGAAGGCCCAGAUCGGCAUUUCCCAGAUCUGGAACUGGGGCUGGCUGUACCAAGGACUUCACAUCUCCGAUUGCAAAACUGCAUUCUCUAUGAUCAACGGUCUCACUAAUGAUCAGCUCGUUGGCUCUGCGGUCAUCGUUGACAGCGACAUCACGAAUUGCGACACAUUUGUUGACAUGGCCUGGACACCCAAUGCUAAGCCCAUUGGCGCUGGACAGCUGAUCUUGGAGAAUAUUGAGCUCACCAAUGUCGGAACCGCCGUCAAGGGGUCCAACACAACUGUUCUCCCCGGAGGCACCACGACCAUCACAGCCUGGGGCCAGGGAAAUAAGUACACACCGAAUGGUCCCGAGAAGUUCCAAGGUCCCUUGACUCCAGCAAAGCGACCCUCAGAACUUCUCAAUGGCAACAAAUACUGGGCGGUCGUCAAGCCUCAAUACGAGCGCCUACCCUUGUCGACAUUCAUUAGUGCACGCACUGCUGGAGCUAAAGGCGAUGGUAGAACAGACGAUACCACUGCCAUCCAGAACGCUGUCAACCGGGCCGUUUCCGAGAACAAGAUCGUAUUCUUUGAUCACGGCGUUUACAAGAUUACUAAGACCAUCUACCUGCCACCAGGAGCACGUCUGGUCGGAGAAAUCUACUCUGUGAUUAUGGCAUCCGGAAAUACCUGGGGCGAUGUCAAUAACCCGGUACCAGUUAUCCAGAUUGGCAAGCCCGGUGAGCGAGGCAGCAUUGAGUGGUCUGACAUGGUCGUGGCGACACAGGGUCCUACUCCAGGAGCUAAGAUUAUCGAGUACAACCUCGACACAACCCGCGGAUCAGGUAUCUGGGAUGUACACACCCGCAUUGGUGGUGCAAAGGGAACCAACCUGCAGGUUGCCCAAUGCCCUAUCUACACGACAAAGCCUGAGUGUAUGUCUGCACAUACGAAUGUCCAUGUCACGAAGACUGGAAACGGUGCUUAUUUUGAAAACAAUUGGUUCUGGACUGCCGAUCACGACCUAGAUGACUGGAACAGCACGCGAGUCUCCAUCUAUACAGGCCGUGGCAUGCUUGUCGAGGCAUCAAAUGUAAUGCUCUGGGCCAGCGGCGUCGAGCACCAUGCUCUCUACCAAUACCAAUUCGCCAACGCGAAGAACAUCUUCGCUGGAUUCAUUCAGACCGAAACGCCGUACUACAUGCCGAACCCAGAUGCUAAAUCACAACCCUACCCGAUCUCUUCGGCUCUCAACGACCCCAACUACGCUACAGCCUGCCCAGCUGGUUCCAUCUGCGAUGCAUACGGCCUGAGGAUCUUGAACUCUCAAUCCGUACACGUCUACGGAGCGGGACUGUACUCGUUCUUCAGGGACUACGACGUGUCGUGCAGCUCACCCGAUGCUCCAAACGGGAACCGAUACUGCCAGGAUCGGAUCUUGAGCAUUGAGGGUUCGUCGACCAGCGACGUGAUCAUCUACACCUUGAACGAAGUAGGUGCGUUACAGAUGGUUACGAUCGAUGGUCAGGACAAGGCGAAGUGGUCGGAUAACCUGAGUGUAUAUCCCAACGCCAUCGGCCUCUUCACUUACAAGGUUUGA